GAACGCCGCAAAAUAACGCAAUGUGGGCGGGGACGGCGGGGGAUAUCCGGUGCGGUGCAGAGUAAAGAUCCGGUCAUCAGAGUGCUUGGAAUUGGCAUGUCGACGAACGACGCGGAGAAAACCGCAAGGGUCUGGCGCCCCGUCGAAGUCCUUACGUACUUGGACGCCCCUGGCGGAGCAGACUACGCCUGCCUGCUUCUGAAUCGUCCCGUAGAUGGCAGGGAGGUGGAGGUUUCGCGCGUUUGGAACCGCGCGAGCCUUCGCUUGUCUGUGGACGGCGGAACAAACGUGCUCAGGAAAUUAAUAGAGGAUCGGGACAAGCUCGCGCUGGAAGCCGCCAAACUGCCGGAUUUCAUAACGGGGGAUUUCGAUUCAAUCACGGACGAGACACGGGCGUUCUUUAGCGGUUGUCGUUUCAUCGCGACACCGGAUCAAGACGAGACGGACUUCACCAAGGCGCUGCGGGUGGCGGCGGAGCGCGGCCCGGCUCACCUGGCCUGGGUGACCGUGGUGGCGGAGAACACUGGCCGCAUUGACCAGGUGCUGGCCAACAUCAACACGCUGUUCACGGCGCGCACGCUGCUCGCGGCGCCCGUGUACCUACUGGCGGCCGAGUCGCUGUCGUUCCUGCUGCCGUCGGGCCGCCACGAGAUCCACCUGCCGCCCGAGCUGCGCUCCGACUGGUGCUCGCUGGUGCCGGUGGGCGCGCCGGCGGCGGCCGUCACCACCAGCGGCCUCCGGUGGGACCUGGCCGGACAGCCGAUGGCGUUCGGCCAGCUGAUCAGCACCUCCAACCGGCCCGUCAGCGAACUGGUGACGGUGGACACCUCCGAGCCGCUGCUGUUCUCCGUGGCCCUUCCCUGACCGCGCGGAGCCCGGCCGACCGCUGCGGCUGUCCCCGGGUGGGCGGGGUGACCCGACCCCGGCCGGUCGUCCCUGUAGUGUUACUCACCAUGUAAACUCGAGGAACGUGCUGUCCCAUGUAAUUGCAGGGGACGUAGUGGUUUGUAAAUGAAACUUGUCAUUUACAGCGUAACCAUCACUCGAUGGGAUUCAUUAUGAACUCGAUUUGAGGUGUGAUUUUUCGGUGAUCUCGCUUAUGUACGACAUAUCGUGCGUUAUCGUUCGCAGGGGCUGUUAUUGAGUCGUACUUAAUUGAAAGUUGCGCAACAUGCCGUUUACUAGUCUUCCGUUUAAAUUGUUAAGGAAUUCGGAUGCUUUGAUAAUUGUAUUUUGAAGUAUGCAUAACGUGAAUUUGAUAAAAGCAUGUUAUUCAUAAUCAUGUACGUAUCACUCGUGCCCACUCAUAUACAGGCCGGCAUCUAGCGAGUAAAAUUCACUUCAGUAUUCGAUACGCCAGCCGUUCUGCUCAAUCGUUCGCCGUGUCUUACGAUGGCAAUGAAGCUGAUUUAAUGGUAUGUCGGCAACUGAUAUAAGGUACCCUCGUACUUAUUGGAGAGCUGCUUCGCUUGCCAUUGGUUGAUUUCGGAAUGAAGUGUUGCAUGAUUGAGGCAAAGAAUAAACGGGGUCAGGUCGCUUGA